GAGAAAUUGAAAUUUUUUAAUUUAAAUUUAUUUAUUCCGCACUUUUCGCAAGUGACUCACAUUGUGUUGUGUCAUAUACACUUUCGCCCUUAUAGGCCAGAUGAAAUAUUCAAGUUAGACAGCGGAUACGAACACCAGCUACAAGUUCUGGUUUUAGAUCAUUUAAUUUUGUGCAAAACAGCAAUGUCACGUAUAUCUAAACUUCGUGCUCUUAAACACCUCGACUGUUUGGACAUACCAUCAAGUUCAAUUGAUGAACUUUUCAAAACGCAAUUAGAGAAAAUAUGUACGAGAAAUUUAGAACAAAUUAACAUUUUGCGAUUGGUAAAAGAAUGUUCAUCAUUAAAGGAUCUAACUUGUCAUUGUAAUUACAUCGAUGAGAAAUUUCUUCCAUUACUAUUGGAUUCAUUAAAAGCGAGAGGAUUUCAACCAGAUCGCCCAUUCGAGCUUAAUAUGACAACCAGCAUUCAAUUCAAAAACAUUUUAUUGACUCAGCUUGGAUCUAUUCCGAAAUCAAAUUUACUAAACAUGCAACUUUCUUAUAGUGACACAAUAGAGGAAGUAGAGGAAGUAGUGGAGGAAAUAGAGGACGAAAUAGAGGACGAAAUAGAGGAGGAAAUAGAGGAAAUGUAUUUUUGAAAUCUUCCUUCCUUUCCAUUAUGUUUAGAUUUUGCUGUUAUUAUACCCAUGAUUGAUUAAUGCAUUAUUCACAUGAUAUGAUAAUUACUACAUUUUACAAGCAGAACUCAUUUUUAUAAAUCAUUGCCCAAAUUUUAGUUCUUUU